GUCAGGUACCUGUCAAGUACUAAGCUGAAGCCGCGCUAGUACCGAGCGGGUGCCAGCAUUAGGUACAGACGCUACCUAACCGCUACCUAACCUCCCUACCUAGAGGUACCUCCUCCUACGCACCUAACAUACCUACCUAAGGUAGUACGCCUGCCCACUGCCGCCACGGCCACCCACUACCCAUUCACUACGUAUACAGUCCCGUCCAUUCAUACCGACACACCACUAAAACGCGACCCCGAAGCGAAGGGGGAGAAAGAAAAAAAAAGACGGAGGGGACACUUUGGCCCACCAUGACUUCGACAGCAACUCUCUCUCCGCAACAGAGACAACACACUCUGUCUCGCAGCACCAGAAAAUCCGGCAUCGCGACCGCCUCGUCCCCGAACCUCAACGGUCUCUACACGGCUCAUUCGCGGCCUCCCCCCAGCUCCGGCGCCCUUGCGCGCAAAGCGUCCUUCGCUGCCCUUACUCCUAGCUCCUUAGCUUCCAUCCCCGAUGACAGCGAGAGCUACGCUAUCGACAGCGUCCUGACCGAAUCACCGCGCAAGAUGCCCCCCCUAACGCCAGCCAAAGCCUCGAGGGCUUCCGACGACGUCUCCUUGGGUGACAGCGUCGAGGUUCCCGGGAACAUGACCGGAACCGUCCGCUUCGUAGGCACCGUUGCCGGGAGGAAGGGCACAUUUGCCGGCGUCGAGCUGCAUCCCGAGUUCGCUGCGCGCGGCAAGAACAAUGGUGAAGUUGAUGGGUUCUCGUACUUCAGCACGUCGACCCCCGGCGCUGGUAUCUUCGUACCAAUCAACAAAGUAAACCGCGACCUGGCCCCUACGCUCGUUGGCAGUGCCCAUCCGCUUACCCCUGAGUUGAAGGUCGUAGGUCAGAAUGCCGCAAAUCACACACCCCCGACGCCGUCCUUGCCGUCGUUUAGCAAGUCUCUCGGACCGUCCCGAGCCCCGAGCCCCCAAGGGAAACAGUUGAGAACGUCCUUGUCCCGACCCGAAUCCCCCGUCCGCAAACUGCAGCUCACCCCGGCCCCCCGAACGUCGAUGACGCCCGUUCCGAAGGUGCCUCCCCGCUACGGCAGUCCCACCAUUACUCGAUUUGGGUCAAGCGUGCGAGGCGGUCCCGGCGACCCGAACAAGCCGCCGAGGCUGGACAGGAAACCAAGCCUGGCUCCCAGGAGUGUGUCGGCGUUGGGGCAGAUUACUUCUACUUACGACGAGGACGAGAUCACCCCCAUGGGGUCGCACGUCAAGACGAACGGGAGCAUCGGCUCGAUGUCAUCGCUAUCCUUCAAGCGCCCUGCGUCCCGGGCCGCCCACGCCAACGAGGAGGAGAUUGAGCGGCUCAAGUCCCAGCUAGAAGACCGGGACCGCCAGCUGAAGGAGCAGGCCUCGGCCCUGGCUGAGAUGGAGAGCAGCCUUUCUGAGUUGACGGUAUUGAUAGACCAGUCUGAUGGCGGGGGGAUGCGAUCGGGCAGUUUUGACGAUAAAGACACGGCCCAACUUCGGGCCAUGCUUAGAGAGAAGAACGAGAAGAUUGCCAUGCUGACUGCGGAGUUCGACACCCAUCGUGCCGACUUCCGCAGCACGAUCGACACGCUCGAGAUGGCCAGCACUGAGACCCAGCGGGUCUAUGACGCCAAGAUCCGCGAGCUAGAACAAGAACUCCACGAAGCGCAGGAACGGCACGAUGACGUCGACAGUGUAGCACGUCAGCUGAAGCAACUCGAAGAACUAGUCCAGGAACUUGAGGAAGGCUUGGAAGAUGCUCGCCGAGGCGAGGCCGAAGCCCGUGGCGAAGUCGAAUUCCUACGGGGCGAGGUCGAGAGAACGAGGUCAGAGUUACGGAGGGAGCGUGAGAAGGCUUCCGCCGCUCUCGACGGUGGCCAGCAAGAGGACAAACUUUCCCUAUCGAGAGAGCUGGAGCAAAAAGAAGAUGAGAUCAGGGGUCUCAAAGCCAUCAUACACUCCCUCAGCAGAGACGCCGUUCCGGGAGUCGAUUCUGCGGAAAAAACUCCGACCCUGCCGCAACGCAACAAUUCCUCCAAGUCUCGUCCUGACUCUAUCGACGGUCACACCACGAGGGAGACACUCGAGCGCGAAGUCCUAGAGCUGCGCAGCCUAGUCGAUAGCAAAAAUGUGCGGGAAGAAGAGCUCGAGCGCGAGGUCGAGUCUCUCCGCCGCGGAAGCACGUCGACCCACCGUGUUAGCUCCGCAACCAUAACCAGCACCCACCGAUCAUCGUACCGCGACUCGAAGGGAACCGUUGUUCUCGCGCGGGAACCGCACUCGCCUGAAGCUACUCAUAAGCGGGUCCGAACCCUCGAUACGAUGCCGGAGAGCGAUGCCUACUCGUCAGCCACCGAGAUCAGCACUCUCUGGUGCGAGAUUUGCGAGACCAGUGGACACGAUAUCCUGACCUGCACCAACAUGUUCGGACCCCAGAACGAGCAGGGCAAGGGUGGCGUCGGCGCCCACGACCAACCACCUGCUAAGGUGGGCGGAGACGUUCCUCGGGAGAGUCCCAUUGCCAGCAAAGACAGCUUAACCGUCCCCCACGGUGCUGGUGAAGACGACAAGCCCCGACCCCUGUCCCCGAUGAAGAGCAGGCCGAUGGUUGCGCCUCCCGCUGCCACCAUCAUCCUUCCUAACCCGCAAGACUCCGGGCCGUUAGCCGGCAAGGACAGCGGAGUGGUGGAUCCAGAAAAGUGGUGUGCUCUAUGCGAGCGCGACGGACAUGACAGCAUCGAUUGUCCUCUAGAAGACGCAUUCUAAGGUGAUGAGGCCCACAGCGCUUCGGCACGCACGACUCGACGUAAAAUAUGCGAGGGCCAUCAGGAGGAUGGUUUAUCGGGGUAUCCGAGCGCCCGAUGUGAGAAGAGACGGGAUGAGACGCCCUGCAGGCUCACCGUUGGGCUACUUCUAUAUAUCAAGAGGCCUUAUUUCCACGGGGAACGCACUACGAAUAACGACCAAUGCCUCUACUGCUACUUUCGGAGCGAUGAUACCAAAAAAUUUCUUGCUUGACACGGCCUAUAAUUUGACCAUCCCCUUGUUUUAGUUCGCUCUCCUCCCUCGUGUGGAUAUCUGAUAGGCGCGGGCAGGCCAAGGUGGUAACUAGGGGCUACAUUGUGUGCGAUAAAAAAAGUGUGUAUAGGGAGACGGCUCGAAACUGGGCUUCACAUAGGCUACCCAGUUCCAAGUACCACCGGCUACUUGUUCCAUAGAUGUAUUAUACGUCGGCCUAGCUCUAGGUCUCUCCCAGGUAAUAGACCUUGGAUUCUUAAUGUACAGAUUACCUACCUAAUUAUAUACUUAUUUAUGUUGCCCUCGACUUCGACCUCGACC